CCAGGAUACUAUGUGUCUAAAGCCUUUUUAUGACCCCAUAGUGCCAAAUUGUAGCUUUCAGUAGAUCCUUGUGGAUUUUAGUUGCCAGGCAGUUCUUGUCCAGAUGACUCUGAUUACCUUGCCAGUUACCACUGGCACUUCCAAAGUCAGCCUAGGGCCAGAUGAAAGAAUGGAGUAAAUCAAGUGGGCACCAGGAAAUGACAGCACCAGGGGUAACCCUGAAGGUCUGACGAUCUUUCAUAUUUUGGGAAACUGACUUUACUCUGUGAUGCCAAGACAGAUGGGAGUUUCCUUGUACACCACUUUCUCUCCUUCUACCUCAAAGCUAAUUGUAAAGUCUGCUUUGUGGCCCUCAUCCAGUCCUUCAGCCACUACAGUAUCGUGGGACAGAAGCUGGGUGUCAGCCUGACCAUGGCGCGGGAGCGUGGGCAGCUUGUGUUCCUCGAGGGACUCAAGUCUGCAGUGGACGUCGUCUUCCAGGCUCAAAAGGAGCCACAACCCCUGCAGUUUCUCAGGGAGGCUAAUGCUGGGAACUUGAAACCAUUGUUUGAGUUUGUACGGGAGGCCCUAAAGCCAGUAGACAGUGGAGAGGCUCGGUGGACGUACCCGGUGCUGCUGGUGGAUGACCUCAGUGUGCUCCUGAGCCUGGGCAUGGGGGCGGUGGCCGUGCUAGACUUCAUUCACUACUGCAGAGCCACCGUGUGCUGGGAACUAAAGGGAAACAUGGUGGUCCUUGUGCACGACAGUGGAGAUGCAGAGGAUGAGGAGAAUGACAUCCUGCUGAAUGGCCUCAGUCAUCAGAGCCACCUGAUCCUGCGGGCUGAGGGCCUGGCCACUGGCUUCUGCAGGGAUGUACAUGGGCAGCUGAGGAUCCUGUGGAGGAGACCAUCACAGUCCACAGCCCAGCGGGAUCAGAGCUUCACUUACCAGUAUAAGAUACAGGACAAAAGCGUGUCCUUUUUUGCCAAAGGAAUGUCUCCUGCUGUUCUGUGACCUGAUUUUGGAGCAGCUGAAGCUACAUAGGACUGUUUUUGGACGUGGAAGAUAGAGCAACAUAGCAGGAAUGGGUCUUUCUCCUCUGUAGUAAUAUUUCGGGCUGGACUGGCGACUCCACUGUGACCAGUGGAGUUGAGUGCUGCAGUGAUGGCAUGCCUUGGCUGCCCUGGGCCCUGUUCAGAAAACACAAGGGACCACGAUCCUGCCUCUGCUGAGAGAGAGGCUGGAUGCUAGACCCAAGUGAAAGGGGUCCUUCGGAGCCUUUGUUUAAAUAUGCCUUAGCCCCAGCUGCCCAUUUUUGGUUGACAUGCCUUUCAGAGCCAGAGUGGGUAUAGAUGUGCCAGCCAGGAGAUGGCACCAGAUGGCAGGUGUGCAAGGUGACAACUAGGAUAAUCAUGGCUAGAAUAAAGUAAGUUUCCACACUGGGGCCUCCUGUGGGUUGUCUUGUUCAAUUUCCAUCCUGGAAAGGUACUUUCCCUUUCCCUAUGAGUACAGUGAGGAAACAGACCUAGAGAGGUUUGGAAGCACACAGGCUGCACAGCAGGCUGUAAGUAACUGUGCCUCACUCCGCAGUCCACACUUGCUGACUGACAGUCAUGGAACCCAGAGGCCAGCUCCCCACCCAAAGGUGGGGACCUUUGGCUUCUCCAGUUUCUGUGGUACCUUGCCUUUAUGCCAACAAAUCCUGGCCAUCAAGGGCCUGGCACCAGGGCCUUGGCCACAUGAGGCCCUGUGUAGGUGCAGGUGUGUAUGGCCUUGGUGAGAGGGGUAAGGGAUGUUCUUGCUGCCAGGCGGAUCGGGCCUUGGCGAGGAGCUGGUGCCUCCCUCACCUGUGAAGACUGCAGGAGGUGAACUCUUGCCCCGCAUCCUGUAGAUGACAACUAGUCCCACUCAGCCCCUCAGCUGAGGUCAUCUCAGAGUAGACACCAGGUGUAUUCUCUUAAAAUGGUUACUUUUUUGGUAUAUAAAUUAUACUAUGAUGAAUUUUAUCUUAAAGAAAAUGAAAAAAAUACUAUUUUGCUGUAUACUAAGGAACUUACAUAGCUGUUAUUUUCUUUUUCUUUUCUUUUUUUUAUUUUUUAUUUAUUAUUUAUUUUUUAUUUUUUGAGACAGAGUCUUGCUCUGUCGCCCAGGCUGGAGUGCAGUGGCGCGAUCUCGGCUCACUACAAGCUCCGCCUCCUGGGUUCACACCAUCCUCCUGCCUCAGCCUCCUAAGUAGCUGGACUACAGGCGCCCGCCACCACGCCUGGCUAAAUUUUUGUAUUUUUAGUAGAGACGGGGUUUCACUGUGCUAGCCAGGAUGGUCUUGAUCUCCUGACCUCGUGAUCAGCCUGCCUUGGCCUCCCAAAGUGCUAGGAUUACAGGUGUGUGAGCCACUGUGCCCGGCCUUUUUUUUUUUUUUUUGAGAUGGAGUCUCGCUCUGUCACCCAGGCUGGAGUGCAGUGGUGGCGUGAUCUUGGCUCACCACAACCUUCGCCUCCCGGGUUCAAGCUAUUCUCCUGCCUCACCCUCCCGAGUAGCUGGGAUUACAAGCACAUGCCACUGUGCCCAGCUAAUUUUUGUAUUUUUAGUAGAGACGGGGUUUUGCCAUAUUGGCUAGGCUGGUCUUGAACUCUUGGCCUCAGGUGAUCUGCCUGCCUUGGCCUCCCAAAGUGCUGAGAUUACAGGCAUGAGCCACCGUGCCCAGCCUCUUUUCUUUGUUUUGAGACAUGGUCUCUCUCUUGCUCAGGCUGAACUGCAGUGGUGUGGUUAUAGCUCACUGCAGCCUCGACCCUCUGGGCUCAAGGGCUCUUCCCACUUCAGUCUCCCAAGCAGCUGGGAUUACAGGUGCGUGUCACCAUGCCCAGCUCAUAUCUGUUGUUUAAUUUUAACUUUUUGGAUUUUUAGUCUUUGGGAAAAAUUUAUCACACUUCUCUUCAAAUCAUACCAUUGUGUAUGUUAUCCCUCUGAAACAGUAAGCUGCUUUUAUUCUCAAAAUACUGUAGACCUGAUAGAAUAUUUGAAAGUUAUGAGUGCAAUUAAGAGAAAGUAGUUAUUAAAGAAUCUAAUGAUUCUUUGACUAAGACUUCAGUAUUUAUGCAAACUUCAUUUGAGCUGCGGUUUUGAGUGGGCAAGGCACCAUUUUUUACAUGAUAUAAAUGUUGCUGUCAUGUUUCUUCACUUAGUUUAUAAAUGUUUUCACUAUUUUUUUUUUGAGACAGUUUCUCUCUCUCUGUUGCCUAGGCUAGAGUGCAGUGUGGCACUUCUUAGCUCACUUGAAUUCCAAGUGAUCCUCCUACCCUCAGCAUUCUGAGUAGCUGGUACUACAGGUACCCACCACCAUGCCUGGCUAAGUUUUUAAUUUUUUUGUAGAAACGGGGUGUUGCUUUGCUGCCCAGGGUAGUCUUGAACUCCUGGGCUCAAGAGAUCCUCCCGUCUCAGCCUCCCCUUAAAUAUUUUAUGUUUAAUAGCUAUUCAGGGCUGGGCACAGUGGCUCACGCCUGUAAUCCCAGCACUUUGGGAAGCCAAGGCAGGUGGAUCACCUGAGGUCAGGAGUUCAAGAGCAGCCUGGCCAAUAUGGUGAAGCCCCAUCUCUACUAAAAAUACAAAAAUUAGCUGGGCGUGGUGGCAGGCACCUGUAAUCCCAGCUACUUGGGAGGCUGAGGCAGGAGAAUCGCUUGAACCUGGGAAGCGGAGGUUGCAGUGAGCUGAGAACGCACCAUUGUGCUCUAGCCUGGGCAACAAGAGCAAAACUUAGUCUCAAAAAAAAAAGCUAUUCAGCAUUUUAUGCUAUCAUUAUAUUCUAGUUUGUUUAUCCUCUGGGCAUGUAGGUUCUGGUUUUUACAGUUAUCAAUUAUGGUGUUAUAAAUUUUAUAUACUCUACCUAUUGUGGGUGAGGAUAAGUACUUGUUUGUUUAGAACCUGACAAACCAGGUCACUGGCAGAGCUCAUAGAACUUAUGUUCUGGAGGAGAAGACAGGCAAUCAACAGAAUCGACAAAGGACAUAUUUAAUUUAGACCACAAUAAGUGCUAUAAAUAAACCAGCACAGGGGCCUGUGAGAAGUGAGGGGUGAUGACAUUUUAGUCCAUACCCUCUGAUGGAAUUACUGAAUUACAGGGGGAACUGGCCCUGGCACAUUAUCAGGUUGUUCUUCAGAAUGAUGGAGCCAGUUGACAAUGAUGCAGAGAUUUUGCUCUGUCAACUUUGGGUUUAACUUAUUUUUAAUUAAUUUAAUAGUGGUGGUUGUGUGAGAAUGGACUAAUACAGGGGUAGAAAAGCAGGAUCAUAAGGUGUGAUAUGGUCCAUAAAAAUGAUUCUAGUGUGAAAAUGGACAUUAAUCACUAGCAUAUAAUUUUCUCUGUAUUUUUCCAUGUAUACAGAAUCUGUUCCUUAUCCUUGCUUACUUAUCAAUUAAAACCUGAUGUUGGUCGGGCAUGGUGGCUCAUGCCUGUAAUCCCAGCACUUUGGGAGGCUAAGGCAGGCAGAUCACUUGAGUCCAGGAUUUUAUUUUUAUUUAUUUAUGUAUUUAUUUUGAGACAGAGUCUUGCCCUGUUGCCCAGGCUGGAGUGCAGUGGCGCGAUCUUGGCUCACUGCAACCUCCACCUCCCAGGUUCAAGCGAUUCUCCUACUUCAGCCUCCCUUCAGGGUCUCUCAGGCUGAGACCCUGUCUCUUUAAAAAAAAAGAAAAAAAGGCGGAAUAUUGGAAUAGACAUCUUAUCAAAGCAGACAUCGGAAUGGCUAAUGUGUAUAUAAGUGCUCAACAUUAUUAGGGAAUUAAAAAUUAAAACCACAAUGAGGGCUGGGCACAGUGGCUCGUGCCUGUAAUCCCAGCACUUUGGGAGGCCGACGCGGGCAGAUCACAAGGUCAGGAGUUCGAUACCAGCCUGGCCAAUAUGAUGAAACCCUAUCUCUACUAAAAAUACAAAAAUUAGACAGGCUUGGUGGUCCCAGCCUAUAGUCCCAGCUAUUCGGGAGGCUGAGGCAGAAGAAUCGCUUGAACCCAGGAGGCGGAGGUUGCAGUGAGCCGAGGUCACACCACUGCACUCCAGCCUGGGUGACAGAGCGAUACUCCAUCUCAAAACAAACAAACAAACAAAAAACCACCAUGAGAUACCACUACAUAGCCACUAAAAUGGCUAUAUCAAAAAGACUGACAGUAACAAGUGCUGGCAAGGAUGAGAGGAAAUAGGAACCCUCAUACAUUGCUAGUGGGAAUGUAAAAUGGGGCAGUCACUUUGGAAAAUAGUUUGGCAGUUUCUUAAAAUGUUAAACCGAGGCUGGGCUCAGUGACUCAAGCCUGUAAUCCCAGCACUUUGGGAGGCCGAGGUAGGCGAAUCACUUGAGCCCAGGAGUUUGAGACCAGCCUGGCCAACAUGGUGAAACCCUAUCUCUACUAAAAAUACAGAAAAUUAGCUGAGCGUGGUGGUACACACCUGUAAUCCCAGCUACUCAGAAGGCUAAGGCACGAGAAUUGCUUGAACCCAGGAGGCGGAAGUUGCUGUGAGCUGACAUCGUGCCACUGCACUUCCAGUGUGUGACAGAGCAAGACCCUGUCUCUAAAUAAAUAAAUAAAUACUGUAUGACUCAACCCAUUCAAUUCAUAGCUAUCUACCCAAAAGAAAUGGAAACAUAGUUCUACACAAACUCUUGUGUGGUGACAAAAGUGACUCCAUAUUGGAUGCUAAUCUGCCAUGUUGACCUCAGAUUAACCGCAGUCCUGUGAAUGCCUCCUGAUUCCUUGUUUAUUUACUGUCUUUAAUGUAAGAAUAUGUACUCACAAUAUAUCCUACCUUUAGGUCAAAGCAACCUUGAUGUUAUUGCGCAACUCAUUCUGGCCUGUUCUAGAGGGUUGCCUUUCAUUGUCUCUGUAGUGCACAUACCCUUUUUCCUAUGGUAUAUAAGUCCUGGGUCUGGGGAAUAAUGGUGUGGAGAUCUACCUGACUUGUUGCUGACCAAGACCAUUCUUGUGUCCAUAAGUUCCCUAAUAAAUUGCCCUCUGCUGACAAACUGGA